AUGUCUUCAUGCGCCGCCCUGUGGCUCAUUCCACAUCUGCUCGCGUGCGGCGUCGACCCUCUCAGAUCGCCAAUUAAGGCCCCCAAAACAGCCACAUCUCCACGACCAAAAAUAUCCGCUCCUUGCCACACUUUUCUUUUCCCGAACCCUUGUUCGUCCAACGAGGACGCCAGGACGAGCCCCCAUUCCCGACGGCCUGGGCCAAGAGACGCCCAGUACGGAAUGAAUCGCCAUUGUCAGCCGCACCUUAAGCCCAUCCCGACUCCAGCUCCAAGGAUGCCGCAGGGCGAUGACGUUUCGUUCCGUGCUCGCAAUCUUAGGACACAGACAAAAACGCCCGAGGGGGACGGAAACGCGUUCGCUUUCCAUGUUGCAAUAUCUACAGGGCAACUAGCCGCUCCAAAUCGAUCCAAGGGGGAGCGUUUCCAUCGCAUCGGUGCUGAACAUCUACUACAUAGCUGCCCAUUCAGGGCACCAAACAGGGGGUGUCUUUUCCCUCUCUCCUUCUCCCUUCCCGUUCUUAAUUCUUUUCCUGGCGCAUUAAUGCAUGAAAUCUCCAAUUUGCGCGGACCAUCUACCCCGCUGAAUCAGCGAUUAGACUGCCCACCAUCUUCAACGGCCUUCCCGCCGCCUUACCACUUGCAGCCCACGUCGUCCGAAGGACAAGCAUCGACGUCGCGCGAAAACUCCAACGGUUGUGCCAUAAGCGGAAUACGGCAUGGCAAAGGCCACCGCCACUCCAAAGCAGGCGGCAAGAAAGUGGACGACAUCGCCUCCACAGCUCCUCCAAAGUGA